AUGGCGGAAAAUGCAAAACAUGUCCCUGAGAGGCUGCAGUCUGCCAAAGACAGCGACCCGGCAGACAGCAUCAGCCCGAUCUGGAAUGCAAAAGAGGCUAGAAACAAAAACCUCUGGCAAGUAAGAGAGCUGCCGUCUCUGGUACUCUGGGGAGCGUUCUUUUUCAAAGGUGGGAGAGCUACUGGGACGGGACCUGCUGCUGCCGCCAGCGCUGGCUUGCCGUCGCUCGCCGCGUAUCGCAAGUUGCAGGGCAGGCGAGACGCCGACGCGUUGGUGAAUCUUCAGGUCGGCCUGCUUGGUGGCCGGGCAGAGUCGAACGAUAUUGCCGCAGGAGGAACGUCGGUUACCUUUGCACCGGACCCCAUUCCAUGGCUGGAAGAGUGCUUCCAAAAGGCCCGGGCCGGGAUGAGCAAGGUUCAGCGCCGGGCCAAUACACGGAGGCUGCUGACGCUGACGAUGACGGGUCCGGGUUGCACGGGCGACGAUCCAGGCGGGAAGACGGGCCCGACUCGUCGACAUGGCGCGCCGACAUGGUUGUCACACUUUGCUUUCUCCCUGGCCCGGCAGGCUGGCUUGAUUCCCACCAUCCCGGGUUAG